GUCCACCACAAGUAUGUGGUGAAGUUAAGUUGAUAGAUGUACCUGAAAUGAACUAUACAUUACAGGAUAAACCGUAUUCACGAAGUGAAGUAUGUGUUAGAGGUAAUUCUAUAUUUAAAGAAUAUUACAAAGACCCCGAGAAAACAAAGGAAUUAAUUGAUAAGGAUGGUUGGUGCCAUACUGGUGAUAUUAUUGAUCGUGUUAAAAAUAUUUUUAAACUGGCUCAGGAUGAAUAUAUUGCACCCGAAAAGGUCGAAAACGUUUACUGUAAACAUGAAUUAAUAUAUCAAUAUGGUGAAUCACUUCAAGCAUCAUUAGUUGCUAUAAUUGUUCCAGGUUGUGAUGUUUUACUUCUAUGGGCAAAACAAAAUAAUUUGGGAAGUUAUUCAUUCGAAGAGUUAUGCGAAUUUCCACAGGUCAAGAAUCAUAUCCUUCAAACUAUAGUUAAAUAUGGUAAAGCAAAUGAUCUGAAAGGAUUUGAGAAUGUGAAAAAUAUACAUUUGACAUCAGAGCCAUUUAGUUUACAAAACAAUUUGUUAACACCUACUUUUAAAUUGAAGAGACAUCAAGCAAAAAUUAG